AAUAAUCAAACCCAAACCCAAAUACAAAUACAAAGAAAAGAAGUGAGAAAACAAAAACAAAUGCCACUACUAUCAAUUUCAUCAAUAACAGCACCCAGUUAUUAUUACCACUACCAGAAGUUAAACCACCGUAUCUCAGCCUCACUGGUGGCUCUGGUCGGAGCAAAGAGAGCGAUGGUGACUGCGAGCAGUAGUAGCAAGGGUGCAGGUGCGUUCACGACCAUCAAAGAGAGAGUAAGCUUCGAGAAGGAAAUAAAGAAGAGCAAAUUCAUCGCCAUCGCUGGCCCUAUCUCCGACGAGCAAUCCGCCUUCUCUUUCCUUUCCCAGGUCCGAGAUCCACGUGCUACUCACAACUGCUGGGCGUACAAGGUUGGAGAUCAAUAUCGGUCUAAUGAUGAUGGUGAACCAUCGGGUACAGCUGGCAAGCCAAUACACUCUGCUAUUCUUUCUUCAGGAAUAGAUAGAGUUAUGGUGGUUGUGAUCAGGUAUUUUGGAGGCAUCAAACUAGGCACUGGAGGAUUGGUCAGGGCCUAUGGAGGAGUUACAUCAGAGUGCCUAAGAAAUGCCCCAACUUGUGUUGUGAAAUCUAAGGUUCCAAUGGGUGUGGAGGUUCCAUUUGAUCUUUUGGGCAUUCUAUACCAUCAGUUACAAUCUUUUCAAAUUGAAGACAUCAAACAGGAUUAUGAUACUGGUAAAGAUGGCAUCAGCAUGGUCACUUUCAAAGUUGAUUUUGACCGGGCUGAGAAGUUGGAGGAGGCUGUCAAAGCCAAUUGUAGCCGAGAUUUGGUGUUUUAUAAACACUGAGAGACUUGGCCAUGUCUUAUAUGUGGGUGUGGACAUUGUGAACAUUAUUGAACCUGUCAUCAAGGCAGCACUUUCAGGAGCUGGUAUGUUCAACCCUUUUUCUCCUGCCUUGCUCCAAUGAUGUGCAAAAUAUGUCAGCAGAUUUGCAGAUAAGCCUGCCAUUGGUUAAUUUAUUGUUUGAGGGAAAUUCAUAGAAGAAUUAAUUACAGGUAGAUGUUUAAGAUAAAUUUUGAAUUAUUAUUGAGAGGUGGUGGCGAUCUGAAAAUUUAAGAACUGUAUAUAUGAUCAUCAUUUCAUACAGAUACCCUGUUGCUAAUUUUACUGACGUUGUAAAUUUGUUUACUCUGUGCACUGUGCUGAUCUUUAUGCUGUUCAGCACAUUGGUGCCUUCCUACAUCUGUGAAAGGAAUUAUAAAGUAAAAAGACAGCAGAGAAACCUCACUUUUAAGUUGAUUUAUGAUUUGAAUUAGUAUUCUCUGUAACCUGAGAUUGGUUGACCAA